AUGGCCCCAAAAGCUGCUGAAAAAAAGCCCAGCACCGGCGGAAAAGCACCCGCUGGUGGCAAGGCCCCCGCCGAAAAGAAGGAGGCGGGCAAAAAGACGGCGGCUUCUGGUGAAAAGAAGAAGCGAACCAAGGCUCGGAAAGAGACCUACUCUUCCUACAUCUAUAAAGUCCUCAAGCAGGUCCAUCCUGACACCGGAAUCUCGAAUCGUGCCAUGUCUAUCCUUAACUCUUUCGUCAAUGAUAUCUUCGAGCGCGUCGCCACAGAGGCUUCAAAACUUGCCGCGUACAAUAAAAAAUCGACCAUUUCCUCUCGGGAAAUACAGACAUCUGUGCGUUUGAUUUUGCCCGGCGAAUUAGCCAAACAUGCCGUUUCCGAAGGAACGAAAGCGGUGACCAAAUACUCGUCAUCUGCCAAAUAG